AUGGCCGUGCUUAGGAAACUGUCCCCCGCCGCGAAGAGAGCGAAUUCAAGCAAAUCACCAUUGCUUAACGAAAACGAGGCUGCUGGGCCGUGUCUUCUCGACAGCGACCAAGUUCCCUCUUACCUAUACAGAUCUAUCUUCAGAGUUGAUCGUAAUUCUCCAGAGCUAUAUGAGAAAGAUAGGAGGGGGUUGCAAGAUAAGUACCGAACCGGGGGAGCGCCCAAAAUGGCAGCAGGAGCAAAUUCGAAUAUAUUUGAGACUCUAUCGUCACUUGCAUCACCUCCAUCGAGCCGACCUACCUCGCCGCCGCCAUCGAACACGUAUACACACCGAACCGCUUCACCGUCACCGUCUUACCCAUGCCGAACCGAUUCACCAUCAUCGUCCAACGCGUCGCAAUCCUUCCGAACAAUUCGGUCACGUCACACCACGUUCCCAUCUACAUGGAAAUGCGUAGCUGCAUCCCCAACGCAGCUAGCAACAUGCGGCUUCAUAUACGCGGAAGAGAAUAAGGAUCAAGAAUAUAUAUGUACCUGCUUAAUCUGCGAAAUAGAGAUUAUGUUACCCUACAAAGCCGCAAAACUAAGCAACAAAGAUCUGCUUAAGUUCCAUGAGCAAGACUGUCUAUUAGCGGAUACAAUACUAGAUUUUCUCAGCUACCGAGACAUCAACACUGCCCCUGCCGCCACUCCUCAAAGCCCUCAAACGACACCGACAGCUGGACCGCCGUCUACCUCUUCUUCCAACCUGUCCCCAUCUCAGCAGUCUGAUGUGGCUGCUAGUACGCCAUCCAGCCCCAGCAAAAACACCUCGCCGCCACCAUUCCCCUCACACUCAUGUCACCCUCUCCAACCCUCGGCAUCUAAACCACUAGCCCCUACUCCAAAAGCCAGAACAUCAAGCCCAAAAACUACGCCGCCCCACCGUGGCUCGCCACAUCAAUCAACUCCGGUUCCAGAGCAACCAGAACCCUUUUCAAAACCCACACCGUUGUUACCUAUCACAAACAAGGCCCACCGCCGCCCAGGUUCCGCUUCAUUCGCCGACAAAGGGACACUGAACACUUGGAGGAGAGAGCCUCAAGAAUACUUGCUACUUACUAAAUACGAGAGGUAUAGGAGAAGUUUAACAUGCCUUCAGAGUGAGACUGUUAACAUCUACUCUCAUCCUGUUCCAGCUGCGGUGGCGUUCUUGAACCUCCCACGAGCUUCUUGGGCCGACUGUGAUUUGAUUUGGUAUUUCGUCAAAAUGCCAUACACUGCUGCUACUUCAUAUCAGGUAUCUACGUCAUCUUCUAUGUGCGCACAGUUCUACCCUCGUCAUGCGCCGGUAUCAAUUAGUACACUGGGCCUCUUGACCCGCUUUGUCGUCGUGAACCCUCGUCUACAAAGUAAAAUAUGGAGAACUCUGCGCCUUUCAGCCUUCGUGGUAACAGGACUCUCAGAGUUUACUCCAGUUAUUCAUGCUGCCAGCAUCUUUUCGUACGGACGACUUAAUCCAGGAAAAUAUUCCACUUUGUAUUGUAGACUGAGAGUCAAGGGAGCUAUAUGGUUUUCUAGGAUUACAGCCCAUUGUAGAGCCCUCAGGCUUAUAGAGACAAACAGUUUUUCAAGGCUGCCAUUGGUUAAUCUUCUAUUGACACGUCGUCAUUUGGAGGAGAUAAAUGCUAAUUUGUACAAAGAGCUUGGAGCCGGCCAGAGAGUCCUUGAAGAAGUUGUUCAGUUCUAUAUACCUAGAACGUGCUGGCUGAGCGUAUUAUAUGCUCUAAUCUAUCCCAGAGUCGUGAGGAAGCUCAGUGGUAGUCUGGCUAAAGAGAGCUGCGCCAUGGUGGCCCUCCAAGUUAUCAAUGGACUCGUUCCGCCCGACAGUCAUUCUCACGAAGCAGAAUUGAGCCGGUAUAUGCCAUCUGUGGGGUGCCUUGAGAUUUUGCGGUGUUCCCAAAUACGGGGGAAGCCCACUCGAAAGAAAGAGCAAGAGUCAAACGAAUGGUGUAAUGUUCGUCAGUAUGCUAAAUCAGGAUGCUAA